AUGCCUUAUGGUAUUUCAUGGACUCGAUAUAUUUGUCUUGUUACAUCAGCAUUUUUUGCAACAGCAGCCGGUUCACAAAUUGUACAUCUCAUAUAUCGACCGCUUGAUGAUUUAGAUGAUCUUAUAGAAGAAGCAUUUCAAAAAAAACUAUUAGAACAAAAAAAUGAUAACAAUACGUUACUUAAUAAAUAGAAUCUUAAUAAAUAAAUUAUAUAUAUUAAUUAUAAUGUAAUAUUAUAUAUCAAAAUAUAUUAAUUAUUUAAAUGUAA